AAAGGCAACCACCAAAGUUGCAGAAACCAGUAAAACCUAUUUAAUUUUCACAACCUCCAACCCAACUUCCCCAAUAUACUUUACUUGCUUCCUCUGCUUUCUUUUACUCAGACCCUAAACAAAGAUUCAACCUUUGAAGCCAAUGGGAUCAACCCACCAACCCUAGUGUGAGACUAAAACAAGAUUCAUCUCAAAACACCCACUUCAAUUAUGGCAGCAUUUACCACUUCCCAUUACUUCAAGGCCUUAACUUUCAUCAUUCUAUUCCUCAAAACCCUAGCUUUUGAAACAACCUCAUUGUUCUCUUUUGCUGAUUUUGAAAAAGAUCUAAAAUUUAAGUCCAGUGUGGCCCUUUAUGGUAAUGCAAAGGUUGUCAAUGGUGGUGGGUCUGGGAUUCAUUUCUCUGGUUCUGGGAGUUCAGCUGCUGGGAGAGUCAUGUACAAGAAACCCAUCAAGCUUUUUGAAGGUAAACCAAGGCAAUUAGUAUCAUUUUCAACUUACUUUGCAUUCUCAAUCUCCUUGGAUAAUGGGGGUGGUUUGGCUUUUGUUAUGAUUCCAAAUGGUUCUGAAGGUGAUGUUUUUCAUAAAAGUUCAUCUGGGGUUCCUUUUGGAUUGAAGAAUAGAAAUUUUGAAGUUCUUGGUGUUAAGUUUAGUGCUUCAAGGGAUGGUAGAAAUGGGGUUUCUACUAGUUGUAAUGUGGCCUUGAAUUUGGGUAAUUCAGUUCAUGCUAAAAUAUUAAGCAACACCUCCUCUAUCAAUUUUGCUCUAACAAGUGGAGAAAAGUUGCAUGCUUGGAUUGAUUAUGAAGCAAGUUCAAGGCGCAUAGAAGUCAGAUUGAGUCAACAUGGUAAUUCAAAGCCUUUUGAUCCAUUGCUCUGGCACUCAAUUAACUUAUCAAAUGUGUUGAAGGAGGAAAAAAUGUUUGUGGGAUUUAGUCCUUUGAAGGGGAAUGCUUCUCAAGAAUGCUUUCUCUAUUCAUGGAGCUUUGUUCUAAGGCAUUUUCCACAUUCUAUGCAUUCAGAGCCUCUGGAUCCAAAGGCCCUUGUUAAAAACAUUGAAACCCCAAAGGUUAAUAAGCCAAGGAGUGAUUGCUUUUUAAGAGUUCUUGCUGCCAUGAUAUUUGGUACAGGAUGUGGAGCAUUAACAGCAUUUAUUGUGCUCUACUUGUGGACCAUCUUUGGCAAUAGACGUGCAGUGGUGCCAGUUGAGUGUGUUAUGCAACCUGUAGAUGUUGAAUAUAGGAAAGUCAAAAUCGUUAUAGAUAAAUCUAUGGAAGAUGGUAAGAAGUAGAUCUUCUUCAUGAGGGAACUGGUUUGAAGCUUGUGUUUGUAAAUUUAGUGUUUUUUGUAUUUAGGUUUUGAUCUGUUAUAGUAGUAGUAGUAGUAAUCUGGUAGAAAACUAUCUAUUUGGCUUUUGUUACGUUGUUUAUUGUUGAUAAAUUGAGAUUGAGAUCCUACUCUGCAUUAAAGAUUUUGAUUACUUUCUCUAAAACAUGCCCAAAUUGAAGUUAUUAAUGAACUGUAUGAGGUU